AUGAGUAGUCCAAACGGAACUGAUCAUUACACCACUGCUGCUGCUAGUACAGAAAAAGUUAGAGGUACUACUACAUCAGGGGUCACAACUGCUUUGAUCACGAAUGGUGUCAUUUUUUGUGCUUUUGUUACAGGAUUUAUUGUGUUGAGAUUGAAGUUUUUGAGAAUUUAUUUACCAAAAUCAUCAUUCAACUUGAUUAAUGAAGAAAAGAAACCAGAACCCUUACCAAGUGGUAUAUUUAAUUGGAUCCCUCCAUUGUUGAAAAAGUCUGAUAAUUUUAUCAUUAGACAAGCUGGUUUAGAUGGUUAUUUCUUUCUUAGAUAUUUGUUCUUCAUCUGUACAAUAGCAUGUGCUGCCAUGCUUUUAUUUUUCCCAAUUCUUCUACCAAUAAAUGCUACGGGUGGUAAUGAUGGAGCUGGUUUAGACGCUUUAUCUUUUUCCAAUGUGAAUUCCGAUACAAACAGGAAUAGAUUUUAUGCUCAUGUGAUCAUGGCUUGGAUUUUUUAUUUUGGUGUCUUAUACAUGAUCUAUAGAGAGUUGACUUUCUACACUGCCAUCAGACAAGCUGUCUUAGCAUCACCAAGAUAUGCUAAAAAGUUAUCUUCAAGAGUUGUUUUGUUUCAAACUGUCCCAGAACAAUAUUUACACGAAGACGAGUUCAAGAAGUUAUUUGAUGAUGUUAAAAAGGUUUGGAUUGCUCGUUCCCCAAAGGAAUUGACAGGGAAGGUUGAUACAAUUGAUUAUGUCAAAGAAGAAUUACCAAAGAUUAACAAAGAAGUUGUCACAUUGCAACAAAAUCAUAAAGAUUUUAAACCAUUGAAUUCUGUCUUUGUCGAAUUUGGCUCUCAAUACUCUGCUCAAAUGGCUUUUCAAUCUGUGACACAUCACACAGCGUUACACAUGAGUCCUCGUUACAUUGGUCUUGAACCAAAGGAUAUUGUUUGGGGUAAUUUGAGAAUGUUCUGGUGGGAAAGAUUAGCUAGAAAGUUUGGUGCUGUCGCCGUCAUGUUUGCUUUGGUUAUCUUUUGGGCGUUCCCUGUUGCAUUUGUUGGUAUGAUCUCCAAUAUUAAUUAUAUCAUUAGAAGAGUACCAUUUUUAAAGUUUUUAAACAAGUUACCAAAAGAUUUAUUUGGUAUUUUAACCACAUUAUUACCAACUGUUGCCUUAUCAUUAUUAAUGAUGUUACUACCUAUGUUUAUUAGAUUCAUGGGUAGAGUUUCAGGUGCAUCAUCAGUCCAACAAGUCGAACUUUUCACGCAACAAACAUUUUUUGCAUUCCAAGUUAUCCAAGUCUUUUUGAUUACCACUCUUUCAUCUUCUGCUGCAUCAACAGCUGCUCAAAUCGCUGAAGAGCCAACAAAAGCUAUGAAUUUAUUGUCUGAAAACUUACCAAAAGCUUCGAAUUUCUAUAUUUCGUACAUUAUUUUACAAGGGUUUUCAGUUGCAUCUGGUGCUUUAUGUCAAGUUGUUACUUUGGUUUUGUUUUAUGUUAUGGGUAAAGCAUUUGAUAAUACACCAAGAAAGAUGUGGAAAAGAUUCACAUCAUUAGGUCUUAUGUCUUGGGGUACAAUCUACCCAAUCUUCACCAAUUUAGCAGUUAUAAUUUUCAGUUAUGCCAUAAUUUCACCAAUAAUUUUGUUGUUCGCUACCUUUGCAUUUUUUUUGUGUUGGGUCGCUUAUCUAUAUAAUCUAACUUAUGCGUUCGGUGAAGCUCCUGAUGCAAGAGGAAUGUAUUACCCAAGAGCUUUAUUCCAGACUAUUGUUGGUGUGUAUUUGGGUGAAAUUUGUUUAUUAGGUUUAUUCCUUGUUGCUAAAGCUUGGGGUCCAUUGGUUUUACAGGCUAUUUGUCUCGGUUUCACUGUUUUUAUUCAUACCAAUUUGAAUUCAGCAUUUGAUCAUUUGAUGACUGUUGUUCCACUUGAUGCUAUGAAACCAUUAGAUGGAAAAUCAGAUACUCCAUCAUACAACAGUAAAGCUUAUAACAAAUUGGUAACUGAUAAUAAGAGAUUUUCAAAAGAUUCUCGUUAUGCUCCAUCACAAAAUGAUUAUACCUCUGUUAUGGAUACUAAAUCACAAAAUGGUAUACCUCCUUCUUAUGAAAUGGGUGAUUUGAGUAGAUUUUCAUUGGAAAAUGCUCGUCAUGGUUCAAUAGUUCCAUUGUUAGCUGAUGGUGAUAACAAAAUAAUUCCACCUGCACCAUUAUGGAAAAGAUUCUUACAACCACAUAUUUAUUUAUCAUACAAGGUUUGUAAGACUAGAGUUCCAGAUAUUUACAAUUAUAUGGAUCCAGCUGAUAAUACAGAUCCAAUAUAUUUGGAACAUGCUUAUGAUUUCCCAGAUGUUACUAAAAGAAUGCCUUACUUAUGGAUUCCUAGGGAUCAAAUGGGUCUCUCCACUGUGGAAAUUGAAAAUUUCAAAGGUAUCAUCGACAUCAGUGAUGAACGUGCUAUGUUCAAUAGUGAAGGUCAACCUGUUUGGACAGGUGAUCCACCUUCUUAUGAAGAUUCAGAAGCAGAAGCUGCCGCUGAAAACUCAUUCAGAGAAGGAGAUAGCGAUGAGAAAGAGUGGAACAGGGGUUAA